AUGCAUCUCAACCAACCCCCCCUACGCAUCGGCGUCGACGUCGGCGGCACCAACACCGACGGCGUGCUCCUCAACCCCCUCACCACCACCACCACCACCACCACCCCCACCGACCCGUCCCGCGGCAUCCUCGCCUGGACCAAGACCCCCACGACCGCCGACCCGGGCGAGGGCAUCGCCGCCGCCCUGCGCGACAUGCUCACCUCUCCCGCGGCGGCGGCUGCCGGCGUCCGGCCCGCCGAUAUUGCGUCUGUCACCGUCGGCACCACCCACUUCGUCAACGCCGUCGUCGAGCGGGAUGCUGCGCGGCUUUCUCGUGUUGCGGUGGUGCGGUUGUGUGGGCCGUUUUCGAAGCAUGUGCCGCCGUGUGUGGAUUGGCCGGCGGAUUUGAGGGGGAUUGUGCUUGGGUGGUAUGUGUUGGUGAAGGGGGGGUUGGAGAUUGAUGGGGGGGUGAUUGCGGAGGUGGAUGAGGCGGAGGUUGUGGAGGCGUGUCGGGAGGUGAGGGCGCGGGGGAUUGGGACGGUGGUGGUGAAUGGGGUGUUUAGUCCGAUUGAUGGCGUGGAGAGGCAGGAGGAGAGGGCGGCGGAGAUUGUGAGGAGGGAGGUGCCUGGGUGUGAUGUGGUCUUGUCGAAGGAGGUAGCUAAUCUGGGGUUUUUGGAGAGGGAGAAUGCCGCGAUUUUGAAUGCGUCCAUCUUGAAGUUCGCGAGGAGGACGGUGAAGUCGUUCCAGAAGCCGGUGCGGGAGCUGGGCAUGACUUGUCCGGUGUUUGUCACGCAAAACGAUGGGACGGUCUUGUCAGGUGAGAUGGCAGCACGGUUGCCCAUCCGGACCUUCUCGAGCGGCCCGACCAACAGCAUGAGGGGAGCCGCCUUUCUCAUACAGGGGAACGGAGACAAGAAUUCGGGGGACUCGGAAGGGGAAGCCAUGAUGGUCGUGGACAUUGGUGGUACAACAACCGAUGUCGGGCUGCUCCUCCCUAGCGGCUUCCCAAGACAGCAGGCUGCCUACAGUGAUCUGGCAGGCGUACGAAUGAACUUCUCGUGCCCUGAUGUCAAGAGCCUCGGUCUUGGUGGUGGAUCCAUCGUCCGGAAAGGGCCUCCUCCCAUGACUGUUGGCCCGGACAGCGUGGGCUACAAGCUAACCAAAGAAUCGAUCUUGUUUGGUGGAAACACGUUGACGGCGACAGACUGUGCUAUGUGUGCAGACCCGACUCUCGACAUCGGCAACACGGAGCUGGUCAAGGGAAUAUUAACCGAGCAGGAACUCGCCGAGUUCAAGGGCGUGGUCCAACAUAAGCUGGAGCGCAUCAUCGACACAAUGAAGACGUCGCCCGCCGACCUCCCCGUGGUGCUUGUCGGAGGUGGCGCCAUCAUCGCCCCAACGCAGCUCAAGGGAGCCAGCAAGGUGCUGCGGCCGAAGUGGUCACAAGUUGCGAACGCUAUUGGCGCGGCCAUGGCCCGCGUAAGUGCUGUCGUAGAUACCAUUAGGUCUACCGAAAAGAAAACAACCCAGCAGUGGCUCGACGAUAUCUGUAAAGAGGCUGUGGAAAAGACGGUUGCCGCUGGAGCUGCGAGGGAGUCCGUCGCGGUCGUCGAGAUGGAGACGCUGCCACUGCAGUAUGUUGCAAACAAAGCCCGUUUCAUCGUUCGAGCAGCCGGAGAUUUCGACAUGUCAAGAACAAACACGGCCGCAGAUACUGCGAGCAUGCUGGAAGCAGAUGCCGAAACUGAACAGCCCGAUAUUGUUUCCUUACAACCUCGUCAAAAGGCCACAGCCUCCCCAGAAGAACCGGACGUCGACAUCCCCACCUACCACCCCGACGUGCGCAACCGCGUCUGGUACAUCACCGAGACCGACCUCGCCUGGAUCUCCACCGGCUGCUACAUCCUCGGCACCGGCGGCGGCGGCUCGCCCUACCCGCACAUGAUCCUGCUCCGCCAACUCCUCCGUGCCGGCGCCGUCGUGCGCGUGGUCAGCCCCCAAGACGUGCCCGACACGGGCGCCGUCGGCUGCGGGUGCGGGGUCGGCAGCCCAACGGUAGGCAUCGAGAAGCUGCAGGGCGACGAGAUGAUGGAAGCCCAAACCGAGCUCUACAAGGUCUGCCCGGCCGACCAGCAAGCAACACACAUCAUCGCGCUGGAGAUCGGCGGCGGUAACGGCCUGCAAGGGCUCACCCUCGGCGCGAGCAGCAACAUGAACAUACCGUGCGUGGACGGCGACUGGAUGGGGCGGGCGUACCCGACCAAGUGGCAGACGACGCCCGUGGUCUUCGACGAGCGCUCGCCCAUCUGGGCGCCCGUGAGCAUCGCCGACGGCAACGGCAACGUGCUGGUCAUGCCCAAGGCGGCGUCGGACCGGCAGGUCGAGCGCGUCGUGCGCGCCGCGCUCAGCGAGAUGGGCUCGCAGGUCGCCGCCGCCGACCCGCCCGUCACGGGCGCCGAGAUGAAGCGCUGGGUGGUGGAUAACACCGUUUCGCAGGCGUGGCGCAUCGGUAGGGCUGUUGCGCGGGCGCGGGCCGAGAACCGUGUGGAUACCGUUGCUGAGAGCAUCGUGGAGGAGUGUGGGGGUUCGGGCGCCGCGAGGGUGCUCUUCAAGGGCAAGAUCGUGGGGGUGGAGCGGACGCUGAGGAAGGGGCAUGUCUAUGGGGAGUGUGUCAUUGAAGGGGGUAGUGUGGCUGAUCCUGAUUCCGCCAGGGGCGCUGGUGGAGGUAACUUCAGCGGCCGGAUCAAGAUCCCAUUCAAAAACGAGAAUAUUGCCGCCAUCAGGGUUCGUGACGACGGUCAGGAGGGUGAGCUGGAGAAUCAGGAGGAUGGGUUGGAGAAGCAGGAGGAUGUCCUCGCGAUCGUGCCUGAUCUAGUCUGCGUCAUUGAUGCCCAGAACGGCGAGGCAGUUGGCACGCCAGAGUACCGUUAUGGGCUCCUGGUCAUUGUCUUGGGCAUCGCGGCGUCAGACAAGUGGACGGGUUCACAAAGGGGCGUGGAACUUGGGGGCCCGAAGGCAUUUGGCUUUGAUCAUUUGGAAUACCAGCCGCUGGGAAGGUUCGUCAAGCCGGUUAGUGUUAUUGAUGAGUUUGAUGAAGGUUCGUAG